AUGACAAAUGCGUUGAAAUAUGUGCGAUAUUCACCGAAGUCUCGAAGUGACCACAAAGAAGUAAAACCAUUUUUAAACGUAAAAAUCACACUUAAAUAUAAGAAUUCAUUAAAUUUCGUGCAGUUGAAAUGUAAUUCAGUAGAUCUUUUUGAAACAGGAUUAUGGUUCAUAGAAAUUAUUUCUAAAUUCUUUCUAUAUGUUGGUCCUCCUGAUAAUGCAAGUUCAGUAACACGUACCGAAUUAUUUCAGGAUAUUCAUAUGAUGGUAUUUAUUGGUGUGGGAUUUCUAAUGACAUUUUUACGCCGAUAUGGUUACAGUGCUGUAAGUUUUAACUUAUUGAUGGGUGCAUUUUUAAUCCAAUGGGGAAUAUUAUGCAAUGGGUUUUAUCAAAUGGAAUCGAUUAACGACAAAAUUCAUCUUGGUAUUGAAAGUUUAAUGGGAGCUGAUGUUGCAGCUGUCACCGUUUUAAUAUCAAUGGGUGCAGUUUUAGGGAAAACUACAUAUUUACAAUUAAUUAUUAUGGGAAUAAUUGAAGUUGCAUUGUAUGCUUCAAAUAAGUAUAUUUGUGUGGAAUUAUUAAAGGCUAGUGAUCCUGGAGAAUCUAUGUUUGUACAUGUGUUUGGAGCAUAUUUUGGUCUAAGUGUCAGCUUUAUAUUAGAUCGUUCCCGAAAAGAUUCACAAGAAGAUGAAAAUGGCUAUGAAGAGUCCAGUUAUAUUUCUGAUCUCUUUUCUAUGAUUGGUACGAUCUUCUUAUGGACAUAUUGGCCAAGUUUUAAUGGUGGGGGUUUAAGUGGGGAUGAACAACAUCGUGCUAUUAUUAACACAUAUCUAUCAAUUGGUGGUUCAUGUGUAGCUGCAUUUAUUACAUCUGGUUUAGUGAAUACAGAACGACGUUUUGCAAUGGCUCACGUACAAAAUGCGACAUUAGCUGGUGGUGUUGCUGUAGGCACUGUUGCUAAUCUAAUGAUACAACCAUAUGGUGCACUUCUCAUUGGUUAUGCAGCCGGUACACUUUGUGUUGUUGGUUUUCACUAUAUCCAGCCAUGGGUUUAUCAAACUUUGAAAAUCCACGACACAUGCGGUAUUAAUAAUUUGCAUGGAAUGCCUGCAAUAUUUGCGGCAAUUUUGGGUGUUGUAAUGCCAACUCUUGCCAGUGAAAGUGCAUCUCGAGAGCCAUCAGAACAAGCUUUAUAUCAAUUUAUUGCAUUGGUGACUACAUUCCUGAUUGCACUUGUAUCUGGUAACAUAACAGGAUUUGUAAUAAAAUGUUCAAUUUUUGGAUACAUACCAAGAAAACAUCGUUUUGAUGAUUCAUUACAAUGGAUUGUGGCAGAUUUGGAUCAUAAGAACAAUAUUAAACCAAUCAUAAAUACACUUAGCAGUCCAAAUUCUAAUAUUUAAGUCAUUUAUUCCAAAGAGUUAAAGGUUAAGAAAUUAGAAUAAGACAUGUAGUCGCAUCAAUGAAUGUUUUUAGUCGGGAGUCCUCAACGACAGCUCCGAUUUUGAUGACUUUUUUUUUUCAAAAAGAUUCUUUUUCGAUAUUAUUUAUAAUCAGAAAUAUUUCAGAUGGGGGAAAUAAUCUAGAGGGGGAAUAGGUAAUGUCGACGCCCAGCCUGAAUCGCUAAUGAUAGAAGUUUGGAAUUUCGGGAGAUAUUGAUUUUAUACUGUAGGUGUCACAUAAGAAAGGAUUUUUCGAAAUUUAUCCCCUAAAAGGAUGAAAUAGUGGAUGAAAGUUUGUAUGGAAAUAUAAUUAAAUCGUCAUUUUUGAGUAGAGGAAUGCUACAUUAUCAGCAAAUAAAAGGGGUUAUAUUUUAUUUUCAAAAAAAUUGA